CGCCCCUCGGGCCUCGGGGCGGGGCUCCUGACCGGCGCCGGUCCCUCCCCGCGCGGCCCCGAGGUCGCCAGGAAGAAGCCCAGUACCGUCACCAGCCCGCCGUGUCUGUCCUCCAUGGCUGCCACGCUAUUCGUCCGGGCCUGUGGCCUUGUCCGCGGAGCCCCCUGGCCUUGGGGCUGGAGUCGCCUACAUACCGUCUACCAGUCUGUUGAACUGCCCGAGACUCACCAGAUGCUGCGGCAGACGUGCCGCGAGUUUGCCGAGAAGGAGCUCUUUCCCAUCGCAGCCCAGGUAGACAAGGAGCAUCGCUUCCCAGCAGCUCAGGUGAAGAAGAUGGGCAAGAUGGGGCUCAUGGCCAUAAACGUGCCUGAGGAGCUCAGCGGACCCGGCCUCGAUUACCUGGCCUACUCCAUCGCCGUGGAGGAGAUCAGCCGGGGCUGCGCCUCCUCGGGGGUCAUCAUGAGUGUCAACAAUUCCCUCUACUUGGGGCCCAUCCUGAAGUUCGGCACCAAGGAGCAGAAGCAGCGGUGGGUCCCUCCCUUCACUAGUGGUGACAAAAUUGGCUGCUUUGCCCUCAGUGAACCAGGGAACGGCAGCGACGCAGGGGCCGCGGCCACCACCGCGCGGGCAGACGGUGACUCGUGGGUCCUGAGUGGCACCAAGGCCUGGAUCACCAAUGCCUGGGAGGCCUCGGCUGCCGUGGUCUUCGCCAGCACCGACAGAUCCUUGCAUAACAAGGGCAUCAGUGCCUUCCUGGUCCCCAUGCCCACACCCGGGCUCACGCUGGGGAAGAAGGAAGAUAAGCUGGGCAUCCGGGCCUCGUCCACGGCCAACCUCAUCUUCGAGGACUGUCGCAUCCCCAAGGACAGCCUGCUGGGGGAGCCGGGGCUGGGCUUCAAGAUCGCCAUGCAAACCCUGGACAUGGGCCGCAUCGGCAUCGCCUCCCAAGCCCUGGGCAUUGCCCAGGCCGCCCUGGACUGUGCUGUGAGCUACGCCGAGAACCGCAGUGCUUUCGGGGCGCCCCUCACCAAGCUACAGGGCAUCCAGUUCAAGUUGGCGGAUAUGGCCCUGGCCCUGGAGAGUGCCCGGCUGCUGACCUGGCGCGCUGCCAUGCUGAAGGACAACAAGAAGCCCUUCACCAAGGAGGCGGCAAUGGCCAAGCUGGCUGCAUCGGAGGCCGCAACUGCCAUCACCCACCAGGCCAUGCAGAUCCUGGGCGGCAUGGGCUACGUGACGGAGAUGCCGGCCGAGCGGCACUACCGCGACGCCCGCAUCACCGAGAUUUAUGAAGGCACCAGUGAGAUCCAGAGGCUGGUGGUCGCCGGGCACCUGCUCAAGAGCUACCGGAGCUGAGCCCUCUCUGGAGGGCCGACCGUGCGGGCCGGGAAGCCGGGCUGCCUGAGGACCCUGGGAAAGGGGGCGGGAGUCACGUGGCGGAAGGAGGGGCGGGGCCACGCCCCCUCUUACCAGGACCCCUCCCACCCCCCCAGGCCCAGCCUCCUGGGUGGGCCUGCUGCUCGGCCUUAAUCUGUCCAGCCAGAGCCAGCUUUCCGGGAAUAAGCGGAGGCGGGGCUGCGACCUGGCCUGAGGACGCCCAUCUCCAGCUGUUUCUUAACUUUGUUGCCUCUCCACCGCUGACAGUGCCUUAUUUUCUUCAUCUGGGCGCUGGGCCGUGGGAAGAGAGAAAUGAUCCCUCCAGGGAUCCCGGGUUCUGUCCUGUGGGUCCUGGCGCUCAGCAGGAGACCCAGCCUCUGCCGUUUCCUCUGAGAUCAGGGUCUGGAGGAGUGGGGUGAGGGCCCGAACGACCACAUCUGAACGCAGAAAUUGUGUCCUCUGAGGCCCCCGCCGCCUUGGGGCUGGGUCGUUAUGGAAGCCUUCCUGCGCACCGAUAACCUUUGUGAAGUAUAAAUGAGUACAGGUGAGGGGUCUGACUUGGUGCUUUGGGACAGUCAUGUGUGGGAACCGAGUAAUAAAGCAUACCUGUUGCCGGCGCA